UGUUUCUUUUCUUCUUCCAUUUCCACAAGCAAUCAACACAAUGACUUCAACGUCAUCAAAAUGCACUCUAACAGAUCUACCAUCAGAACUUCUUCAUCAAAUAUUGGCAAAAUGUGAACCUUCGGAUUUAGGAUCACUAAGCCGAGUGAAUCGAAGUUUGCAUGAUUAUAUCCGAGAUGCAGCACACUUAUGGAAAGAAGUAUAUGCCAAUCGAUGGGAUACAUAUUCAACUAGCUUUCAAGAUCAUCUUGUCAACCUGGGGUGCCCUUCAACAAGCUCAGUCACAAUUGCCAAUCCCGAACAGAAAAGCACACAAAGAACAAACAAAGUACCUUUCGAUCAUGCAAGACAAGUACAACGAAGAACGUGGGCAGAAAAGAGAUUAAAGGAUUUAUACAAACGUCCAAUAGACUUGUAUGCAAACUACAAUGAAACUCUUCGUGCUUUGAUUGCGGUUGCUCGUUCCCGCUCUUUACGUAAAGCGUCUCAAAUGGAAGCGGAUACCGAUGAUGAGAACGAAUUAGGCUUGAGUGCAGAGUAUCUCACAACGCUGCUUACCAAUCCAGAAAGCAUGGACAUCUUUCGCAAAGUGGUAUACCCUCGCGAUGAUAUCAAGCUGAUACGUCAAUGGCAAUUGAAAAACCUUUCCGAACAACGUGAAAAGCUCAAAGGCGUUAUGAAACGGGAAGAAAAGCGAGCCCGAUCGGCUUCUUCUGGAUCACCAAAUACGGCAAAGAAAUCAAAACGAUCUCAUUCUAUGCAAGAAGGUAUUGAGGGAUCAAGUGAAGUAGCAAGCACCAGCUUGCUGUCCCCGCCAAAGAGAAGAUCAGCUCGCGUACAACUACAUGCAUACCCUACCGAACUACACCAUCUGCUUUAUGAUAGAGGAGGAAACAAUCUCAUCACACUUGAUGACGGCACUGGUCUUGCCAACUUAGAGGCUUUAGAGCUUGUAGAUGAGCAGCUGGCGGCACAAUUGCAUGUAUUGCAUGGUAUUCAUCCCGGCUUCCGUCCUUCUAACGAGAAACGAUCGAACAAUCGUACUACUGCGCGAGCUGAUGGUGUAGAAAGUGAAAGUGAUGAUCCCGACUUCUCUGACCAUGGCUCUAUCCCUGAAGAAGAGGAAGAUGAAGAAGUAUCCGAUACACAUGAUGAAGAAGAGGAGGAGCCGGAUGAGAUGCACCAUAACAUCUUUCGAUUUUUCAUCAAUCAAAUGGAUAUCAACAGAAGACCCAGGGAACCUGCUCUAGGCAGCAGCUUGGGACAUCAAGGUAAUCUACAACUACGUGGAAGGGCAAGAGAGAUUGUGUAUGAUACUGCACGAUAUGGAGUAGAGAACAGCUUCGGCCCUCUUCGUGCUUGGCGGGAAAGAUUUGUGAAUAUUGAUGGACCAAGGAUACGCUCAACGCAAGAAUGGGAAGAUGAAGAAGAUGAAGAAUGGCAAGGCGAAUGGAUUCUAGAUGCUCGAGAUUUAGAAGAAAAUUUUGAAGUGAUUUCGGAAGGAGAACAUGAAUCUGAUGGACAUCGGUCUGGGGAAGAGGAAGACGAAGGAGCUAUACAAGACGCUUUGGCAGAGGGAGAAGAUGAAGAAGCUGAUCCGGACUUUGUUGGACAUCAGCUCGAUCAAGCUGAUGAAGAAGAGGACGAGGAUGACGAAGACGACGACGAUGAUGAUGAAACCGAGGCAUUGUUUGGUAUUCGUGCUCUUGCUAUUUCUAUGAGUCGAGGAUGCCUUCCAUGGGCCGAAGCUGCACACCUGUCUGGAAAGAUGAACAAAGGUCGUGGACAGUAUGACCAUACGAAUGGAGAGACUGAAUUGAAUCAAGUAUGGAGAAUGGACAAGAGAGUUGAUUGGGUCAUCCUAGAAAGUAUCAUGAUCGUGAUGUAUUGCAAUAUACGACAUGCGGUUCUGAAUCAUGCAUGGGGUAAAGCAUUUCGAUUACCGGGAUUAGAAACGUCUUUGGUUGGUCGUGAUCGAUUUGCAAGGCAGAUAUAUUUGGACAACGAACAAUCUCGAAACAGCUAUAAUCCUGAUGAAGCGUGGAAGAAUGUGUUGGGAUUACCGGUCGGAUGGAAUCACACUCGCGGUGCCCUUGAUACACGGGACCCUGCUAAUCAUUCCACAAAGCCGCAAAAGCCAUACGAUUGGGCACACGUUGAGAGUACAUGGAUUGGUACAUACGCAUUCUUGGACUGGACAAAAUGGGCAUCUUUCAAUGCUCGUGAUCCGAUCAGUCGUGGAUUACCGGACCCAAGAUUGAGUCAUCAUCAGGGAGCGCCAGAAUUCGGCCCUUUCCCUUAUGGACAUACACAAGGAUCUCCAAGUUUGGAAGGAGAACGUGAAGCGCUUGGUGAUUGCUUACAAUUGCGCUUGGAGCUCUUGCCGAUGGAGGAACAAAGGUAUUUCAAUGAGAAUGAUCGAUAUGAUUCCUUUUUCGAAGGGUAUGAUGACCAGCUAACAGACGAACAGACUGGAGAAAAGAAGUCAGAAGAGGGUCCUAGCACCUGUCAGGCAUUCCAAAGUCCAGAUCAUUAUCCAAUCUUACGAUUCCGCGGACAUACACGGACGUAUAUUGAUGAAGGUGAACCGAUCCCACGUGGAGAAUGUUAUGGAUCCGUUCGACCGAUCUACGAUACGGAAGAUGAUGAUCCAGAGCUGUCCAAAAAGAGACCGCAAGAUGUAUGCAAUCGAAAUCGAGCAAUCGUUGCAUUGCAUUGGGAAAUCACCCAUAGAUAUGACGGAGAAGAUGCUUGGUCUUUGAGUGGCGUUCAAGCAGGACCUCCGGGUACACAAUCGCCCAUUUAUGGUAUUUGGGGUUCAGCACAAAGACGUGAUAAUAUGUCACCUUGUGGACCGUUUGCAUACUAUCGUGUUGAUGAUAGAAAGUGGAAAGAUUUGGAUGCACAGCAAAGGGGUGCGGUUUGAGAUUUCGAUUGUAUAGCAUUUAA